AUGGAUAUUUUAUUGGCAACAAGUAUUGUAACUAAAACAAUUAAUUCGAUUAGAAAAUUGAGAGCAAAUAAUUCAUUUGAGGAAAUUAUAAAAUUAACAGAUAAUUUUAUCAAUGAGAGUGACACAGAUUUUAUACCAUUAAAAAAUAUUAGACCUAGGCGUGUUCCAAUUAAAGCAGGUGAACUAAUGCAAGAUGAUCCUAUUGUUUGUCCAAUUAAAAAGUUUGAGGUAGAAACAUACAAUGCUGUAAUAGAUAUGACUCUAAAUGAAUUGAGUGACCGGUUUGAAACAACAAAUAUUGGACCAUUAAAAGACAUAGCAUUGCUCUCAUAUCGUAGAAUACAAGAAGUGCACAAUGAUCCAACAAUGCUACCCAAAGAUUCAUUUAUAGAGUUAUGUGAGGUCUAUUCAAAAAUUAAUAGAGAUUGUUUGAUUUCUGAAUAUAUGCAGUUUUGUAAAAAUUUAAAUGAAUUUGAAAAUAACUUAAAUUUACCAAAGUUUUUGCAUGAUGUUAGUAAUAAUAAAUCAAGUAAUGAUGAAGAUGAAAAUGAUAAUAAUGAUGACAACAUUUCUAUGCUUGAACUAAAUACGUAUGAUGAUUUAAAUGAAACUUCGAAUGAUAAUGAUCAAAGAGCAAUUAAAAACAUUGGGAGUACUAAAAAAAUUUUUCAAAUGUUUUGUACAGCUAAUUUAACCAGUUGUUUCCCAAAUUUGUAUGUAGCAUUAAAAUUAUCAGUCACUCUUCCAAUUUCAAGUUGUAGUGUAGAGCGUUCAUUCUCAAAGUUAAAACUGAUCAAAACUAAACUUCGAACUUCCAUGCUACAGGAUAGGUUAGAAAACUUGAUGAAAAUCAGUUGUGAAAAAGACUUAAAUCCAAUAGUAGACAAUAUAAUUUUAUCGCUAGCUGGAAAAAGUUCCAGCUUAUGUAAAGCAUUAGUGUAUUAA